AUGAUUUGCACUGCAGAAUUUAUGGAAAUAGCACUGAAGAUUGCAAACAAAAUCCAAGCUGGCGAGAGGUUUGCCGCUUAUAUUCUGUACAACACAAUGCAGAUGAUGUACAAAAUCAUCUGCAAUGCUUUAGUAGAGGCGGGCUUCCACACAGAAUACAAACCUCAGGAUUAUUUGAACUUCUUUUGCCUUGGUAAUCGUGAGCCGGACUACAGUGGUUCCGAUCUGUCAGACGUCAAGAGCUCCAGGUCCAGCACAAGCACCCCACUGUGUCCCGACACCUUUUUUUACUAUGCAGGCCCUUAG